AAUGUGUAUGUGUGUGAAAGUUCAGUGAAAUUAUGUUAAAAUAUCGAGUGUUUUUAGUGAUAAAUUUAGUGUUUAAGUGAAAAGUGUGUGCAUUCAUGCAGCGGUUUUCCUAUAAUGGCUUUGGAUUUACGCCUGCAUUCUCCUGCAGGCGCAGAACCUGUUGUUUAUACAUGGCCCCUCACUUCAGGUCAUGGUUCGGACAAACACGAUGGGGCUCUGGAAAUAGUAGAAACAAUAAGGUGGGUAUGCGACGACGUGCCGGACAUGAAGGCCGCCCUCGAGAACAACAUCCUGAGCGACUACGACACCCACUCGUACGAGAGCAUGCGAGCUCUCUGCGACCGCUACAACCGCGCCAUCGACUCUGUCGUCUCAUUGGAGAAGGGGACAUCACUGCCAGUUCAGCGUCUGAACAAGUAUCCGUCUCGAGGGCUGCUAAAACAUAUACUCCAGCAGACGUAUAACCAAGCCGUGGCAGACCCGGACAAGCUCAAUCAGUACGAGCCCUUCUCACCGGAGGUAUACGGUGAGACGUCAUACGAGCUGAUAGCUCAGAUGAUCGAUCAGAUCGACAUCACAUCGGAGGAUGUGUUCGUGGACCUGGGCUCGGGCGUGGGGCAGGUCGUGCUGCAGAUGGCGGCCGCGACCCCCUGCCGGAUCUGCUUCGGAGUCGAGAAGGCGGAGGUGCCGAGCAAAUACGCGGAGUGUAUGGAUUCAAACUUCAAAAUGUGGAUGAGGUGGUAUGGCAAGAAGUAUGGAGAGUAUAAAUUAAUAAAGGGCGACUUUCUGAUGGACGAGCACAGAGAAAAGAUAAACGCCGCGACGAUAGUGUUCGUGAACAACUUCGCCUUCGGGCCCCACGUGGACCAUCAGCUCAAGGAGAGGUUCGCGGACUUGAAGGACGGAGCCAAGAUCGUGUCGUCCAAAAGCUUCUGCCCACUCAACUUUAGGAUAACAGACAGAAACCUCAGCGACAUCGGCACGAUCAUGCACGUCAGCGUCAUGUCGCCGCUGAAGGGCUCCGUGUCGUGGACGGGGAAGCCAGUCUCGUACUAUUUACACAUUAUAGAUAGGACCAAAUUGGAGAGAUAUUUUCAAAGACUGAAAAAUCCGAAACUCAAGGUCAGCAAAAGGGGCGCGGGCGAGGAGGAUGGCAAGCGCAACUUGAGCGCGCCGCCGACGCGGCAGCCGACGCCCGACCUGCUCAACGGCAACAGCAACCACAGCUCCGCCUCGCUGCCCGAGCGCCGCCGCAAGGUCACCCGGCCCCGGCCCCAAGCUGCCAGGGGCGAGGCGGGGCGGACGCGCGCCCGCGCGGCGGCGGCCAAGCGGCGCGUGGCGGCGCGGCGCUCGAGCGACGACAGCGACGACGACUCCUCCGCCACCGACGACGCGCCCGGCCCCGAGCCCGCGCCGCGCGAGUGGGGCGCGCCCUGGGCCUCCAGCUCCGACUCCAACCGCAGCCGGCGCGGCACGAGCAAGCGCAGCGCGUCCCUGGGCGGCGCGCGGCGGCGGGCGGCGCGCAGCAGCAAGCGGCGCCGCGCCGCGCCGCAAGCCAUCGCCGGCCUCGACCUGCUGCACUCCACCACCCUCGCCUCCACGGAGCGAAGCGGCGCGGAAACGGCCCCGCCGCCAGGCUGCGUAGGCCAGCGCCUGUCGGCCCUGGGCGGGCUGCAGUCGGCCGAGCGCCUGCACUCGGAGCUGGACAUCCCGCGCUCCCCGCACACGCCCUACAGCCUGCAACUGUUGCUCGACAUGUUCCGCGACCAAUACCUCGCCUUCAUACAGCGCAUGAACUCGCCCGAGUUCGCGCACGAGAUCCGGCACCAGAUCGACAAGGAGAAGGAGCGUAACCAAAAGCUGAAAUCGCGCGCGUCGCAACUGGACAAACAGAUCAACGUGCUAAUAAACGACAGCGUGGCGCUGCUGAAGGCGCGCAUGACGGAGCUCGGCAUCCACGCCAACAACACCGUGGACCUGCUGGCCAAGGCCAAGGAGAUCGUCGGCCGCCACAAGGAGUUGCAGAGCAAGGCCAGCAAGCUGCAGCAGCAGGUGAACAACAUAGAGGCGGAACAGGCUAUGCUCGUUAAACAACGGACAUUUGAAAUAACAGAAAAAUACCGCCAAUUAGGUCAUAUACCGCCAGACAUCGAGAUCACUCAGAACAUAGCACACGACUGCAUACUCAGAGAGAUAACGGCCACGCUGGCUCACCGGAAAAGGUUACAAGCUCAAGUCGGACAUUUACAAGGAGAAAUAAUCCAAAUGGAAAGAGCGAGCGAGCAUCAGAAGGUGACCGCGCCGUCCGUUCCCGUCGCUACUGUGAAACCGCACACGGUGAACUCGAAACCGCGCAAGUCGCGAGAGCACCGCUCGCGCUCGCAAGAGUGGCCCGACGUGCCGGACAUGGGCAAGAUCGAGGAGCAGAACCCGGAGCUGCUGGCGCAGAAGAUUCUGGAAACCGGACGGCAGAUCGAGGCGGGCAAAAAGACGCCGAACGUGAUCGUGAACGGGUACCUGCGCGACGAGCGGUGCGGCGGCGGCGGCGGAGGCGGCGCGGUGUCGCCGCGGCCGCGGCCGCUGCACCGCGCCGUGCCGCAGCCGCCCCGCCCCGCGCGGCCGCGCUCGCCGGGGAAGACCGGCAAGCCACUCAACGUCGUCGGCAAGGUGCAGGAGUCCCCCAAGGUCAUCAACUUUGAGGACCGCCUCAAGAGCAUCAUCACCUCCGUGCUCAAUGAGGAUCAGGAGCAACGUAAAGCGUCCCGGCAGCCGCCGACUCCGAAUCACGCGUAUAGCAACGGCUACGUGCGGCAGCCGGCGCAGCAACACCACCCGCAGCAGCACUCGCAACACUCGCAGCACUCGCAACACGGCCAGCACGCGCAGCACGCGCCGCACUCGCCGCACGGGUUCGCGCGCGCGGCCGCGGCGCCGGCGCCGGGCUUGCCGCGCUCGCGCGACUACCGCCGCGAGCGCUACUCGCACGCGCAGUACGAGCGCCGCGCGCAUCUAGAGCGCGACCUGCGCCACCAGCCCGACUACACGCAGGUAUCGCCAGCGAAGCUAGCAUUGCGGCGUCAUCUGUCGCAGGAGCGCCUGUCCGCGCCGGCGCCGGCGCGCACCAUCGGCGACCUGGUCAACGGCGAGAUCGAGCGCACGCUCGAGAUCUCCAACCAGAGCAUCAUCAACGCCGCCGUGCACAUGUCCGCGCGCUACCAGGACCCGCCGCACCAGCCGCUCGAAGGUCUAGCGGCGUGCCUGCAGGCGCGCGUGCUGGCGUCGGAGUAUUGGCGCGGGCGCAGCGGCGGCGGCGCGCCCCCGCCCGCGCCCGACGACGAGCGCCGCCGCUCGCCGCCGCCCGACCCGCACUCCAACACGUCCACGCCGCUCGUAGACGAGUUGCCCGACGCGUCGAGGCCCAACGAAGGCGAAGGCGGCGAGGAGGUCGAGGAGAGCAAGUGGCAGGACCGGAUAGACUUUCGCUUCGACCAGAUAAUAUCGUUCGCGUCCACCGCGAUCGAGGACAAGCGGCGGCGGUCGGACGAGGCCUACAACACGUCGCCCGACUCCGGCAUCGGGCACGGCGACCCGCGGGCGGCGGCGCCGGGCCCGGCUCGCGCGGCGCCGGCGCCGGGCGCGCGCGCCGCCUCGCCGCCGGGGCCGGGGCAGGCGCAGGCGCACCACUUCAAGAAGCGCUUCUUCCGGCGCGAGCGCUGGGACGCGUGGUCGGGCGCGCCGCCGCCCGCCGCCGUGGACUGGGAGCGGCCGGCGAUGUGACGGCCGCGCACCUAGCGCUGCCCGGAGUGCCGCUUCGUCCACCCGUGCGCACCCG